GAGAGAGAGAGAGAGACCGUGCUUACUUUGUAGUUGCCGAGAGCCGUGUGACAGGUGAGAGAUCAGCCCAGGCAUUUUGGGCUGGGGUUCAUAAAGACUGUGGAGUGGGGAGCGAGGAGGGGCGUGUUCUGUGUCCUUUGGGGUCUUUAUUUCCGGUCGCUUGAUUCCAGUUUGCAGAUGCCGACAGAUGUGCCCGAAGACAGGCUCAACAACGAGGAGAACACGACCAAGGUGUAAAGGGACACUUUACUACUUAACCUGUGAGGGCAUUUAAGAGGCACUGAAAAUCUGAUGUGUGACAGUAUGACUCUGUCCAGCACACCUACUGUUCGCAGAGGAAGCACUCCUCUGCCAAUUAAACACCAGUUGAGAAGAGAAGAAGCUGUCCAUGAUGACUGUGACUGGACAUCGGGUGCAGCUGGACCUUCUGCUGCAUCCAUCAGCUUCAGUCCAGCCUUGGAUGACACUCUGACUGUGGUGGUGGAGGGCAGACCUGAUGGGCGUUUAAGGAUCGCCCUGCUGGGGCAGAACGGUGUGGGAAAGACCUCCUUGGCCCUUGCCCUCGCAGGGGACAUGGACAGGACUGCAUCUGUGGAUUCUGAUGGAGAGGGCUAUGUGCGCACAGUCACUGUGGAUGAUGAGGAGAGCACCAUCAUUAUCUAUGACAACUGGCGACAGGACCUUUCAUCUCUGCAGUGUGAGGUGUGUGUCCUGGUGUUUUCAGUGACUGACAGACGUAGUUUCCACCGCACUGCUCAACUCCGACUUCUCCUGAGAGAGACUCAGCCCCAAACUCCCAUUAUCCUUGUUGGUAAUAAGAGUGACCUGGUUCGCACACGUGAGGUUACCUCCCAAGAGGCCAUGUCCAGUGCCGCCCUCUUCAACUGUCUGUAUCUGGAGAUCUCUGCCUCUCUGGACCACCGCACCCCAGAGGUCCUUGAGUGUGCAGUGCGGCUAGCCAGGGGCCAGUCCCCAUGGCCCCCGGGGACCAGUGCAGAGGACAUGAGUGGAGGAGGCCAACGUGAAAGCAUCACCUCUCGUGCCAAACGCUUCCUGUCCAGCCUGGUGCCCCGAUACCCACGAGAGCGAGAAGCGAGCAAGUUCCUGCGGCAGAAGUCCCGCUCAUGCCACGACCUGGGGGCGCUGUGACUGGGCACUGCAGGGAGGUUAAUGGUUAAGACUGUUAACAGAGAUAGCUGGAAGUGAUGUAGUAUAUCAACAAAGAGAGGAACAGGGAGUGAUGCAGCAAUUAGUGGACUGGAGAGGAGGUUGUGAGUGUGAAGGUGCCAGAGUGAUGGCAGGACAAUGUUGUGAGUGAUCAUCAGCAGAGGAAAAGAAGGAGAAUGACAACAGUGUUAAUAAUGAUGUUCAUAUAUGAUGGUAUAGAAGUUUUGUACAAAACACCAAACAACAAAGAAGAGACAAAUAUUACUAUAUACUGUUGUAGAACACGUGUAAAUAACCUGUAGUUCUGAUGCUUAACUACCACCCUCAUAGCUAUGAGAGAUAAAUAAAAUGUUUGAGUCUUGAGAAAGGAACUGCAAAUCUGCCUUACUGGGUUUUGUUAUUACACUAGGUACACGUUUCUUAUUAAGAUAGAAGCAGUCAAAAUUAACAAUGACCAAGGCACAGGAUAAAGUCAGGACCAUAUGUAUUCAUAAUUCUUUAGUGGGUCAGACUUUGCUGAUGAUUCAUGUUGUGUUCAUUUACUCAAAGCUGUUGUGGUGUCCAGCAGUAGGACAGUGAAAGGCCAGCGAGGAGAGAAGGGAUUAAAGAGAUUUUAAAAAAAAAGUGGUCACAGUGUGGUAAUAAGAGAAGGAGAGCUGAAGAGAUCAUUGUAUAUAGAGUGAUGGUUGCCAUGUUACGGUUGUCAAGGAGACUUGGUUUCACUGAGAUGUACACAUUAUGUCCAUUUCAGCUCUAUGGCUUUACCUUCACUUUUUAUGCUGCAUAUUGAUUCAGCAAUAAGAGUCCACUUCUAGCACAAUAAAUUGUAUUGUUUUUACCAUAGAAUUCAAAUUCCAAAUUAACAUGCAGAGGAUUUUUUCAGAUAUCAGCUUCCCUGCACUCAUCUGUAUCACUCUCUACCCUCAGCACUUCCAUCCUCCCACUUCCACCCACACAUGAUCAAAGACUUAGCACACCAUAGGUCGUUACACCCAUCAGUUGUUAUCAGAGUGAGAACUGUGCUAUAGAAGUAAAAAAUAAUAAUAAUAAAAUGGUGGCAUGAUGGUCUGACUCAUUCCCUUGGCUGUCAACUGCUGGAUCGGAUUGGAGGGUUAAGAUUUGAGAUAGUCAACAUGAGCCACAGGCUCCCUCAAGUGGCCAAGAUAAGGUCCCGAGCUGCUAAAGAAAAUACAUGAAUGUGGUUAAAAUGGCAGAUAAAAGAGAAAUGAUAAGCAGCUCUCCACUCUAGCUCAUAUGUUGCUCAGAUGACUUGUACGUGCAUUUUAUGCACUCAGCAUUUUAUAAGAGAGAACUUUGGCUACACUUUCAUCCUGAAGGCUGUUGGGUUGUUAUAAUAUAAGCAGGAGUUUCUCUGGGUGUUGCAAGGGCCUGCACAUAACUACAAAUCAACUCUGAUCAUCAUCUGAAUUUGUAAAACAGUGCAGUUGUUGGUAAAAUGUGCAUUAAGAGUAAAAUUUCAAAUGAAAAAGGUCACUGAAAAGGUCAUCAAAUCUAUGUGCGUGACUCUGAGCCACUGUCAUCACGCCAAACUCUGACCAACAUUUUUCUGAUUUUCAAUCUGAUCUCUCUUCGGGUGAAAUGAUCUGCAGCUCUUUGCAAUGAUAAAAUCACAGGCUGAAAAACUCACUUUGGCACAAAUCUGAGCUAUAGCAGAUACCAUGGUCCAAAGUCCUCUGCUGCAACUCCCCACACAAACAGUUAAGAUAGCCAAUAAAUAAAUACCUUU